AUGCACCACGCGGGCUUUGAAGUGGUCAUGUUCGAGAAGGUCCGAGAGUUCCAGCGGCUCGGAGAUUCGCUGGGCCUGGGUGAGAAUGCGUUCAAGUUGCUCGACCGAUGGUCGCCGUUCCUGCGCGACCAUCUGAUCGAAAUCGGGAACAAGUCGGAAUUCAUGCAGAUCCGCCGCUGGCACGAUGGCAAGCUGCUCGCACAGCAGCCGCUGAUGGACAUGGCCGGCUACAUUGGCCACCGGGGAGACUACCAUCGAGGGUUCUUGGAGGCCGUGGCGGAAAAGGGCAUCCCUUUGCACAUGGGCAGUGAGGUGGUAGAAUACGACGACCUCACCCCGUCGGUGACGCUGAAGGACGGAGAGCGACAUUUCGCGGACGUCAUCAUCGCAGUCGACGGAAUCAAGUCUCGGGCGCGCGAACUGGUGCUCGGGUUCGACGACAAGCCCAAGUCGUCCGGGUACGCGUGCUUCCGGGCAUUCUUCAAGGGCGACAAGCUCAAGGGCGACCCAUUGACGGCCGAAUUCGUGGAAAACGAGUGUGUCAACAUCUGGAUCGGCAAGGACAUGCACGUGGUACAGAACACGCUGCGCGGCGGCGACGAGUUCAACUGGAUCAUCACGCACAAGGACACGGCCGACAUCCAGGAGUCGUGGUCGCAGCCCGGCGACAUGGACGAAGUGCGUCGCCUCGUGGCAACGCUGGACCCGCGCAUCGCCGCCGCCAUCCGCAAGACCGAUGAGUGCCUCGACUGGAAGAUCUGUUACCGCGACCCCAUCCCGACCUGGGUCAGCAAGAACCACAAGGUCGCCCUGGUUGGCGACUGUUGCCAUCCGCAUCUGCCCACCAGUGCCCAGGGCGCCAGCCAAGCCACCGAGAGCGCUGCCGUGCUUGCUCAGUGCCUGCUCCUCGCCGGGAGGGACAACAUUCCGCUGGCGACUCGAGUUUACGAAAAGAUCCGCUUUCCGCGUGUGCGUCGCUCGCAGACUAACGGCGAAGACCUCCGCGACCGGUGGCACACAGCGCUGGACCGCAUGGCCGACGGCGGCGACGGCGAGAUCGACCGCGACUCGCUCCUGAUCAAGAACAACGUGCUCUACGAUUACGAUGCGGAGGCGGACACACGCAAGCGCUGGGCCGAGAUGGCCGCGCUGGUGGGCGAGGAGUUGCGCACCGGCAGGAUUACGCCGCUAUGCUGA